AUGUCUGCUCUCGGCCUCGACCUCACCAAGAACCUCUCCUACUUCACCAUCCCUGCCGUCUUCAUCAGCUGCUUGGCCCCUCACUCCUACGCCAUUGCUACCGCCUCCCUCAAGGUCUUUGACAAUGCUCAGCCCCGCGGCUUCUUGGACGCCGUUGCCAAGAGCGAGACCCUAGACAAGCCUACCAAGGCUCGUAUCAUGCGCGCCGAGGGUGCCUCUGCCAACGGCUUUGAGACCAUUGGCCUCUACGCCGCCGCCGUUGUCGCUGCCAACACUGCCGGUGUCGACACCAAGUUCCUCAACUUUGCCACUCUUGGCUACGUCGCCAGCCGCUACGCCUUCCUCUACACCUACAUCAUUCUCGGCGAGAACCGCAAGCUGUCUACCCUCCGUAGUCUGAUCUGGGGCUCUGGCAUUGCUCUCAUCAUGAGCCUCUUCAUCAAGGCCGGCUAUGCUAUCUCCAAGUAA